GUAGGGAUCACCUGUAAAAAACUUGAAGAGCCUCUUGGUGGAAAGAUGGUUUUGACUUCUGAGAAAAUUGCUACUGGAAGUAUUGCAAUAUUUUCUUGUGAUGCAGGGAGAACUCUUAUGGGGUCUCAUCUAUUGAAAUGUAUGGAAAAUGGAAUGUGGACAUUUGAUGAACCAAAGUGCUUCAAAAACUGUGUUCUACCACAUCUGAAUGAUGGAAACAUAGGGAAGAAAAGAAUAACCUAUAGGGAUGAAAUUGAAAUAUUGCACUUUGAUAAAAUUGAGCAAAACACCUCAUUGGCUCAUGGGGAGAAGGUUGUAAUCAGAUGUAAUCGUAACUUCUGGUUUAUGGGCUUUUUAAACAGUACAUGGAAAAAUAAUGAAAUAACUUGCAAUGAUGGACAGUGGAACUCAGAACCAAUGUGUAUUCCAGCAAGAUGCCACAGUGCUCAACUCUCCAACUGGAAAGGAGUUAUGACUGCAAAACUAAAGAACAUAUAUAAUCACAAUGAACUAGCAUUUAUUCACUGUGCUACUGGCUACAAGAAAGUAAGUGAUAUUAGGUGUAUCUAUGGGCUCUGGAGAUUAUUGUCAGGUCAACAUCCAUGUGAAUUUGGUUACUGUCAAAAACCUAACAUUGAUGGUGGCUCAGUUGAGGAAAGUAAUUGGGGUUUUUUUCAUAAAAAGGCUGAGAAUGAUUAUUAUGAAGAAGGAAAAAAGCUAUAUGUGAAAUGCGAUGACAAUGAAGAAAAAGUAACCAUUGAAUGCAAAAAUGGACAAUGGGAACCAGAUUUACAUUGUUUGGAAGAAAGAGUUACAACUCCAUCAACUACUACAUUUAUCAGCAGAGAAAGCACAGAAUCAGUAUGUCAGAUUGUAAAACAUGAUGAAUAUCUAAUGAUUUUUUAUAAUUUGACUCAACUGAAAACUGGAGACAAAGUUGAAAAUGGAGGUAAAAUUAGAUUUCAUUGCCAUCUUGUUGGGAUUAAGAGGCUGAUAGGAGUAAAAGAAACACAUUGCAUUAAAGGAGACUGGAGUGAAGACUUUCCUUACUGUUCUGAUCCUAAUGACCCAGAUCAAGUAGUGGUGUUUGUGGCUUUUUCUGAUGAUUCAUUAGUUCCUGAAGGUCCUGGAGGAGUUUAUCUAGUCCCUCUUUCAACAAGCCUGAAAAUGAUGUGUAAAACUGUAGCUGGAUCACCAGGAAUUGCUUGGACUACAACUGUGGAAGAGAAUAUAGAAACAAACUCUCCAUGGACAAAGAAGAUUCAAGCUUAGGACAAUUAUAUUUCU